UCAUGAUUACUAUCUACCACAUUAACGGUGCUCGAAUAACUUGAAUUCUAAGGUUAUUUAAUCAAAUACUUGAUCUUGAAGCUUCGGAAUAUUUUUAACCAUGUAAUAACUAAAUUGUUUUUCCAGGCCUAAGUAUAAGUUAUAGCGCGUGUCAACGUGUUUACUAGCCAAGCCAUGGUUGAAAUUCUGUUAUAUUUUAUGGUUAAGAGGUGGCUACAUUUCGAUAUAAUGCGCUAUAUUAGAGCCCUGUGACCGUUUUACCCUCCUCCAGGUAGUCGAUGUAGGUCAUACGUUGUGAUUCUCAGAAAACGGUGGCCAUCAUCUUUCAUGUUCAAUAAGUUCUAUACCCUUUUUGCAAUAAAAUUGCCUUCCUCAAAAUAGCCAUAUUUUGCCAACAUCACUUUUUGAUUGUUGAAAAGUUUGGAAGCAGGAAAUAAUCCGAGGGGUCUAAAUCUAGCGGUUAGGGCGCAUGAGGCAGUAAUUUAAUUUUAAUUCAUUAAGUUUGGCCCUUGCAAUAACGAAUAUGUGAGCUGCUGCAUUACUUUCAUCUUAGACAAAUGCGGUCGUUUUUAUUUGCUUCAAACGGUGGAAUAAGUUGGCAUACGAGGUCUGGCUAUUAAAUAACGAGACUGGUUACGAAAAAGGGUUUUAUUAUAAAAAUUAUUAUACAUUCAAAUGCUCCCCUUCCCUCGCCACACAUCUUUCCAUAAGUUUUUUCCAUUGAUCGAAGCAGUACUUGAAGUCUUCUUUGGUGAGGGCCUUUAGGAGCUCUGCCGUUUUUUGCUUUACCGCUUCCAUCGACUCAAAUCGGGUCCCUUUCAAGGCAGAUUUAAUCUUCGGAAACAAAAAAUAGUCGCACGGGGCCAAAUACUGCUUCACAGAUAGCGCGUUAUGGGCAGGUGCGUUGUCUUGGUGAAAAAUCCACGAGUUGUUUUUCCACAACUCGGGCCGUUUCUUACGAACUCGUUCUUGCAGUGUUGCCAAAACUGACAAAUAGUAAGUCUGGUUGACAGUCUGACCCUCUGGAACCCUUUAGUCAUCACGAUACCGUUAAUGUCGAAAAAAAACGAUCAACAUUGCCUUGAAUUUUGAUUUGGACAUCCUUGCUUUUUUAUUCUGGGCGAUUCAGGCGUCUUCCAACGCAUCGAUUGCCGCUUGGUUUCAACAUCGUAUUGAAAAAUCCACGUUUCGUCGCAAGUAAUAAUGUUUUUCAUCAGUCCGGGAUCUUUUUCUAACCUUUCAAGGAAAUCUGAGCAGACCUGUUGACGCAAGAGCUUUUGGUCAGGAGUCAGGUUUUUUGGCACCAACUUCGCACAGACUUUUGUCAUGUGUAAUUCCUAAUGUGACCUGAGCGCUGGUCAUCUUCAGUGCUCUCUCGGCCCUCACUAAAGCGCUUACACCACUCAAAAACACGCGCACGAGAGAGAGAAUUUUCCCCAAAGGCCUCUUGCAACAAUUUAUAGCGCUCAGUCGGAGUUUUUUUUCAAUUUAACGAGAAAUUUAAGAUUGAUGCGUUGCUCUUGUUUUUCGUCACAUAUGGUUUUCGGCACGAGAAAAAAACACGUUCGUUUCAAACCGCUACUGCACGAAUACUAUAAUAGUGACGAAAACGUGUUUUGGUACGUGCAUAGCCAAGUUAUCUAGAUACUCAACACUACUCGUUUUUUUCCCCACUCGUCUAAGGCGCCCUCUAGGCAUGCAGUCUCGUUAUUUAAUAGCCAGACCUCGUAUUAUUCACCGUUGAUAGUUUUACGUUAAUGAAAAUUCCAGAGUCCAUGCAUUGUUUUGAUUGUUCUUUUGUCUCGGAGAAUGGUAAAGAAAAACAAAGAUAAAACGUCGUCGUUACCAUAGCAUCUUUUAAAUACAGACAUUAUGAUGCCGAAAAAUCAAGUUCAAGAAAUUAUUCCUUCUAGGUGUAACACUUCUUAUGUCAGGGAGUAGAUUUUAAUGAGUACAAAGUAACUAAAAGUGGCAAUGUUAUACCCAAGGUAUCUCUUCCCACAAUUUUUCCUAUAGCCCUUUCCACCCACUAUAUUUAAAUUGCAUAGGAAAUUUUACCUUGGACAUAAGCAUAAAAUACAUAAAAAAAACUUUUUCGAUUAAUUUUUUUGAUAAAUUAUAUAGCAAGCAUGCCCCAGAACAUAAUUCUUUAGCUAGUUGCUCAGUAAGAGUUUUUCCCAUGAUAGCCUGGGGUGAAGAUCAAUACUUCAGAUAUCCGACAGUCUCAAGAUUGGGUCUGUCUCUAUAGACAUACCCAAGUUAAGUCUAUACUUUAGAAAGAAACGCAUUCUUUGUGUUUUUUUGUUCGUUAACACUAAGAUGGUUCUUUCCAAACCAUUCUUUUGUUCUUGACCUUAUCUCAUCCAGGUUCCCCACUAGAUCAAGUCAUUUGUGCCGUCAGCAAUAUUUAGGAACUCUGGGUCUUUGUGCUAGUUAAAUUAUCGAUUAGAUCCGACUUGUUUUUUUUUUCAUAUUUACCUACAUACAUGUUUUCUUUCGCCAAGAUAAGAGCCUUAUCGCAUUUUUACUUGGUAAUGCAAAACCAUAUAUGCUCAGUUAGUGUAUAAGUAACCUGGAUAUCGCUUUUUUCGGAGCACAUUCGCUGAAUGUAAUCCACUGUUUCGACUGUUACUUGGUCUCACAGUUGUGCUUAUUCUUCGAAGUGAAUAAACGGUUUGGCACUUUCUCAUACCCAAAAUUUCUUCCAGGAUAUGACCCACGGGUUCUUUUAUGAUGCACGGGCUUUCAAUCGGCUGUCAGCUAUCAAAUAUUUGUUUUAUUUUUAUGUCAAAUAUAUGAGUUUUUAUUAUUAUAAUAAUUGAAAUUGCUAGUGAAAAAUCGAAAAGUGAAUAAUCAACAUUCAUUAUCUCCGAAAGCGUUAAAGUUGUUUAAAGAAGUGUAGGCUCUCUUUUACUUAGAUUUAAUCAAAUAAUUCAAAAAACCUAAAACACAAGGUGUUCCAUUAAAAAAAACGUUAUAAUGCUGGAGAAACUGAUUUCAUCGUUCCUAAAGUUGUUGUGGUUACAAGGUUUAUUAAUGGGUAGCAAAAGUAACUACCCCUCAGUGACCCAAGUGACCGAACCCGUACAAAUAUCGGAAACGCCAUUAUGGGACCAAAGAGUAGGAAAAUUAUUUUUUGUGAACAUUCAUCAUGGCCAGGUGCUGGCCUACGACCCUAAAACGCAAAAAACGGAACUAGCAGCCGAAUUUGAAGGAAAUAAUUUGACACCAAUAAUUCUUACUAAAGAUCCGAACGUGUUGCUAGGUGGAUUAAACAGGUCUCUAGUAAAAAUUAAGUUGUUUGAUAAACAGGCGAAACCGGAGGUCUUACAUACCGUACAAAACGAUCAUCCAAGGAAUCGUUUUAAUGAUGGAAAGGCUGAUAAUAAAGGAAGGGUCUGGAUAGGUACUAUAGGAUAUGAGCCAUUACCAGGUGAAAGCGGCGAGGUAGAACUCAAUGUGGCCGCCCUUUUUAAAUUUACCAAAGACCACAUAAAUGCCCCCGAAGUAAUGAUUCCAAAGAUUAGUUUGGGUAAUGGUCUCACAUGGAACUCGAUUAACACAAAGUUCUAUUACAUCGAUACAUACACUGAAGAUGUUGUCCAGUACGAUUAUGAUGAUACGACAGGCACAAUUAGUAAUAAGAAGGUUGCUUUUGAUUGUAAAGGAAAAGGCUUAGGACGUCCCGAUGGUAUGACCAUAGAUGUAGAUGACAAACUUUGGGUAGCCCUCUAUGGGGGAGGGUCAGUAAUCCAAGUUGACCCCACAACCGGCUCCAUCUUGAGGCGAAUUCCUAUACCGGCCGCGCAUACUACUUGUCCAGUUUGGGGUGGUCCAAAUUUCGAUAUUCUCUAUGUGACUACAUCAAAAAGAUCUUUAACAGAACAGGAGAGGAACGAACAGCCUGGAGCAGGCGCAGUUUAUGCUGUUACCAACUUGGGAACUAAAGGAUAUCCCCUUUAUGAAGCUGAUAUAUAAAAAAAAAUUAGAAUUAAAUGUACUGGGUGUUCCCAUUAAAAGUACCUUCAUAUUCGAAAUGUAUUGUAUAGGUAGAAUGUGAAUAAUGUGACUUAUGUCACACCCUGAUUAUAGCAUUUUAUAGGAAUAAAACUACUGUACCCUAAUCAAUAGCAUGUGUAAUAGUUUAAAAAUAAAUAAAUGUAUCACAGUAUA